UGUGUGUGUUAAGGAGACUGAAGGACGACAUCAAGUUGAAAGAUGCCACCUAGCUGAGUCUCGUUGUCUAUGGAUUAUAGCAGCCUGAGGAAAAGCUGAGCAGAGUCCCACCAAAGUGAAAGAGCUGCUUGUGAGAGGACAUCGAUUCCCUGAGCGAUCACUUGCUGUUUAUCACAGGUGUCGGCUUGUUUAAUGGGAGCAUGUGUGUGACUGUAUUGUGUGUGUGUGUGUGUGUACAUCUGUGUUCACUUCCUGCUCUCUGACAGUGCUGUACUCCUCCAACUGGGCCAGCGAACGGUUAAGCCUGGCCCACCUUUCCCCUGUCUCUCUCUCUACGCCGGCAUAUUUUCAGACUCUUUCACGGCUCUUUCAAGUAGGCCCACACUGAACCGAAGUUGCUAGAUGUGAUAGCGACUGAGAAAGAAAGAGCUCCUCCCCUCUUCCCUCUCGGCAUCUCUCCCACGCUCCAGAGCUCAGCCUUCAGCUCCCCGGAUCCUCCCCAAAUUCUCCCGAGCUGAGGUGGGCGCGUGGAGCCUCUGACCCUCUCUCGCCCACUCUCCUCGGUCUCUCCCUCUUCGCUGCAGCUACAGGGGGCUAUGGAUGGACUGCGUUUACCUCCACUCAUCGAGGAGGCUUUGGACUCUACAGACGACCCGUGCGAUCUGAAAGCAGAGUGCAGCCCCACCAUGGACAACGACAUCACCGCGAAGGAGAGAGGCGUGCUGGAGGAGAACAAUGAGAAAGAGACGAUGGACCACGAGAGAGCUCAGGAGGAAGAGGGGGAAGAGAGGAAGCUGAAGGAGAAGGAAGGCGAGGAGAAGAUGAGAACGAGCGGGAGCCGCUGACAGAGGAGCAGGAGCUGGAGGAGCUGAGGGCCCAGGUGCUGCAGCUGCUGCUGGAGGCUGGACGAUGCCAGAGAGACCUCCAACAAACAACCAGGAGAGCUUCCACGAGCUGCAAGAUCUGUUGGAGGACGAGCGUCUGGCAAGUGCCCAUCAAGCUGAAGCCUUCACGCGACAGAUCCAGAAUCUACAAGCCCAGCUGCGUUCUGUGCAGGAGGAGAUGGACAGCCUGGAGGAGGAGAAGGAGAGCGAGCUGGCCGAGGCCCAGGAGGAGCUGCGUGUCGCUCAGGAGGAGGUGCUCCUGCUCCAACAGACGGCAGAGGAGGCAGCGGCAGAAAGGGAGAACGACAUCGCCUCGCUGCAGGAGGAGCUGUGCCGCCGGCGGGUCGAGCUGCAGCACCUCAGCGAGGAGACCCAGGAGUACGAGCUGGAGAUCACCACGCUGAGGGCCGAGAUCAGCAUGAAGAGCCAGCGCAGGGAGGCCGAGAGGAGAGAGGGUGACGUGGACCUGCUGAAGGAGGAGUGCCGUACGCUGAGGGAGGAGUGUCAGACCCUGAAGGAGGACAACAGACGUCUCUCUGAGAGGCUGCAGCUGCUGCAGAGACAGCGGACAUGCUCCAGUGUCUACCUGUCACUGAAAGAGGAAGACGUAGAGGAAGGCACAGAGGGGAAGGAGAUGCAGACUGGCUCGGAUGAGGUCAUGACAGAGAGUUACAUGACCAUGGCCAAGUCUGGGAACUGUCGCCUGGUGGACGCCUCCAUCCAGAAGAAUAUUUCAUUUGAUGGAAGCCCAUGACAUCAACCGGCUGGAACGGAGGCAUCGGGGAGAUUUUCUCCCUGAGGGAGCAGCUCAAACAGGCAGAGGAGAAGGCCUCACAGGUUCAGAGGGAGUGUACCGGUCUGAAGGUGGAGCUGCAGGAGCUACAGGUACUGUAUGACAGCAGUCAGAAGGAAGAGCAGAGCUGGAGGAGGAGCUGCAGUGCUGCAAGGCAGAGCUGGAGAAGCUGUCAGGGGGGGCUCAGAGAUUCAUCCAUCCGUCUGAGCACCCUGUUCUCUCCAUCCCCUUCAUAGGAAUGAUUGUAAUAUUGGCUGUGGUCUGGUGCUGGUUGUCGGAGCUGGUGUCCCAGAGGGCAAGGGGAGUGAGGUAGGUUGGAACUCCAUUUUGACGAUCACUGCAGCCGCAGCGGUUCUCCUGAUGAUGACGAGCUUGUUGAGAGCUCUCGUCCGAUGUUGAUUGGAUGGGCAACAACUGCACAGGGACAGAGGUCUGCUUCAUUCAGACUUAGCUCUCGUUCUUCUCCUGCCAUGUCUACAGACUGGACUGUAAUCCUCUAAAUGUGCUCGGGCUGACAGCUGUGUGGUGGAAAAUGUAUGGAAAAGUAUUCCGCUGAUGAGAAGGUACUCCACGCACCGGGAACGACUGCGCUCAGUCUCAUCGGAGACUGAAGACGAGCAUGACUUGAUCUGCAGAGAGCCCACAUGAGGACUGAUUCCACUCCACUAAAUGUAUGCUAGUGCUGUGUCACUCCUCCUCUGUGUCCGUGAAUGUCAUUUUUUCUCUCUUUUAGCAAACGAUGUGAUUAAAAAAAGAAAAAGAAAAAAAGAAUUACGGUUUUAAUUAUUAACGUGCGCCUAAUAGUUUUCAAUUUAUUUAACCAUUAUUUAUUUAUUUGUUUGUUGAAGUACUGUUCAUAGUUGUCUCUGAAUAAUAUUGACAAACAUGGAGUCUGGACAUGUAACGCACUGAAAUGUACACAUGCCCUUUAAAUGUAAAUGUUUUUUUUGUCAAAUAAGUUGACUAUUCAUUAUUUGUUGCUUUCCCCCCAAAAUACUGAAAGCAAAACAUUCUACAAAACUGGAAUUAAAUGUCAAAAGAUUUCCACGAAUGAACAUCAUCUUAGCAUUACCUGCUGCCGCUGUAUAACUGAACCCACACAUGGAAUAUGUUAAGCACCAAUGAUAUGCUAUUGCAACCAAAGCCAGCUUGUAAGGCUUAUUUUAAACCCCCAGUUGGUGGAGCCAACUCUUCUUCACAGUGUGCAGGCUUCCGCCCGCCUUACAAUGAAUUGUCUUGUGUCUGUCUCUGAAAUCAAACAACUCCCACUUUCCUCAUUAAUUAUCAUGUUGGGUCCCGAUGCCAGAAGUCUGUGCAGUAUUUCUGAUUCAUCUUACCUGCCCACAGCUCACUUUGAAAUUCAGAAAUCUUACACCCACAGCGACGUCGUUACACACACACACACACACACACACACACACACACACACACACACACACACGCGCGCACGUUAUGGUUUGCUGAAGGUUUUGUGACAGUGGGUGCUCGGAAAAGAUAUCUCAGCAACUUUGGGGGCCAAAACCGAUCAAGCGAUGGGAUUAUGUUUUAUGUCUUAACAUUUCCAGUGUGCAGAAAUAAGCUUUUGUUUCCUCUCCAUCAGGAUUUAAAAUGGCUAGCGUCGUAGUAUUUGUUGUUUAGAUUUAUGGUGAUCGCAGGUUGUUCCAGGUACUACAAGUGUGAGCAUGUCGACUGCCAGCGCUUCCUUGUUUACUGACUUUAUGUAACAAGCUGCAGAUCUGAUAACACCGGUUGACAUCCGGUCACACUUACGUUGAAACACUGAUGCAUCUGAAGUGAAGGUUCAGGGUUUAUUAGUUGUGAGGGCAUUUUAGAAAUUGAUAUGGUUCCAAAAUGUGUAAAUAGGAAGGUGUCAGAAAAGAUUUAGCAUUAAUUACAAAAAAAUAUAUAUAUGUAUCUGUGGAAGGAUUAAUGUUUACAUUUGUGAAACGUAUUUUUCUUUUGUGUGAAAACAUUUUAGAACUGAAAGAAGCAUGUCAGAAAACAUAUAGAAGCACAGUAUAUAAUUUGCGUUGAUUAUGUUAUUAUUAUUAUGUUUGUAUUUCAUGUAAAUAGUUGACAUAUAGUACUAUGGAAGAGAUGUUUCUUAAAUCCAUUUGUACUAGCUUUGUAGAAAGUCUAUUCUAUUUUGACAGAGCAUCGUAUAUUUGAUAGCCAAAUGAUAUGCCGUGGACAUGUUUAUUUAUGGUGACAUUACUCACAAGAACUGCUAGCAUUGCGAAUACUUUUCAGUACCUCUGUGUUUCGAAGGUGGCGUUGUCAUUGCAUGCAUUUAUGAAUUGCAUUUGACUAGUUGCUAUGAGCAAUACGACUCAUUAAUUUAAGAAAUUAAUUUCUGAAACAUUUAUUAUUAAACAACCUUUAUAAGCAAUGCCUGCCCUGUUAUGUCUGUAUCUGAAAACAUACUUAGGAAAUCCUGUGCCGCUGGACUGUUGUUGCCUAUUACCAAAAUGAUUAGUUUGCAAUAGAAAUUAGAUUACCAUUGACCACAAUGGUACAUAUGACUCCUCUGAUUUUCAUUAUUCUUCCCUAUUUCAUGACUGUCAACGACAUCAUAGUUCCACAAGCUUCUAUAUUGCUCAGUGUUUCUCAGCUUGUUGUUGCUCGUUGCUUGUUUUCAAUAUAGUUGUGGCUAUUUUGUUACCUGGAGGUCUAUUUUGUACUGCAAAUGACUUGAGAAA